CUACGUAUUUGUGUUCUUUCUUUCUCAGAAAACCUGCAUCUCAAUGGCAAAUUUGCGAUUCUCCCGUGUGGCAAUCCUCCUCCUCCUCCUCCUCUUCGUCCAUACAAUUUCUGCUCAAACAGUACCAGCAGGCCCCACCAACAUCACUCAAGUCCUAGAGAAGGCGGGUCAGUUCACUACCUUCAUCAAGCUUCUCGAAGCUACUCAGGUGGCGGGCAGAAUCAACGCUCAGCUCAACAACUCAAACCAAGGCCUCACUAUCUUCGCACCCACGGACAAUGCCUUCGCAAGCCUAGAAUCAGGCACACUCAACUCCAUCAAUUCCCAAGAACAGCUCCAGCUCGUGCAGUUCCACAUCCUCCCCACUCUCUAUACCAUGUCCCAAUUCCAGACUGCGAGCAACCCCUUACAGACGCAAGCCGGAAAUGGAGGCGACGGUCAGUUCCCCCUCAACGUCACCACCUCGGGAAACCAAGUGAACGUGACCACAGGAGUGGUCGACGCAACUGUCGCUAACACUAUUUAUAGUGACAGCCAGCUUGCGGUGUAUCAGGUGGAUCAGGUGCUGCUUCCUUUGGCGCUUUUUGGCGCGCCCCCAACGGCGGCACCGGCUCCCGCGCCCACUAGGCCGGAGAAAAAUGUCCGGGCUUCCGAUUCUCCUUCUUCAACUACAUCGAAUAACACUUCCGGUGUGUUGGGUCUCAGUGGCCUUAGAGGGGUUAUCCUCAGUAUUGCAGUUACUGCUAUGACUGCUUCGUGUUCGUUUCCUUAAUCCAGGGGUUGAUUCUUUUUCUUUUCUUUUCUUUUUUAAUUUUUAAUUUCAUUGAGCGAGUGUUCAGUUGAUUGCUGAUUGCUGAUUUUGAAUUUUCGAUGGAGAUCUCGUGGUGUAUUAUUGCUAGCUGCAAAAUUAUAAAAUGUCUUCAAUGCAACUGAGAAUUGUUUGUCACUGAAA